GAUAAACAUGCGAAAAAUAGGGACCAUCAUAUGAAACUGCCAGUCUUUAAAAAUACUUUCAACUAUUAAAAACAAUGAAAAGUUUAACCUUUUUAAUUAUUACGAUUUCCGUCUAUCUGACAGAUCAAUCGUUCCUGUAUUCACCGAAAAGUCAACAGAAAGUCAGCACAUCAAAUACCAACCGUUUUAUAGUUAAUAUUGUGGAAUAUUCAAUUGUUAAUGGAUCGAAAACAGCAGGCAAAUUUCGAUGUCUUGGCACUUUGAUUCUAGAAGAUUUUGUGGUUACAACGGCAAGUUGUGUCGCGAGAAAUGAAGAAACCCAAAUUGGCAUUCAAUUUGAAACAAUCAAGGAAAGCGCAAAUGAUAUCGGAUAUUCGAUCACGUUUGACGAAACGACAGUGUGGAUGCAUGAGAAUUACAAAAUUACAGAUAAUGAGACUAAUAAUAUAGCAUUGAUUAAGUUCGAUCCACUAUCUAUCACGACAUCUCCACCUUUAUUCUCAAUAUUUAAGCCAAAAGCUCUCGGAAUGUUACCGAAAGUUGCUGAUAAUUGUACAAUCGUGGGAAGAAAUGUUCACCUUUCAAGUCCAUCGUUGGAUGAAGUUUUUAUCAUUGGACCAAGUUCAUGUUAUGGAAGUGGAGGAAAGCAAGCUUAUUGCUCAAUAUUUGAUGACUCAAAUGUUGAUGCAUGCAAGGUCGUUCAAGGUGCACCAUUAAUUUGCAAUGACCAUGAAGUUGCUGGCAUCGUGUUGGGUGGAAAAAAUAUGUGCAUUAAAUCUGGAUCUAAAGUUCAAUUAAGGUACCAUUCAGUUGGAGAUUUCAAAAAUUUCUUGAAUUAUUAUUCACUUGGACCAGCAACGACAACAACACAAAAGCCAGAACCUAGCUCUGCUUCGAUUUAUAAAGUUUCUAUAUCAGCUUUUAUUAUGGUUUUCGUGUACUUUAUGAUUGAAUGGUGAAAUUCAUUUUAAAGUAAAUAAGUUGAAGUGCUACUAGGAAAAAUGAUAGCUUUAAUUACGUCUGUGACAAGCUGUGAGGUUGUAUUAUUUUAAUCAAUAUUUCAUACUUUUUUAAUAAACAAAUAUGUUUACUCAAUUUUUGGAGCCAAGCUAUAAAUAUAGCGAUAAUACGCACUAAAAGUUAUCAAAUUGUGUUUUUAAGUUCGCUUUAUAUUUAGUGACGCAGGAACGUAUUCAGGGAUUUCCGGGGUCAUGUAGAGUGCAUUGAAAUUGAACAAUUUUUUUAAAUGGCGAGGGGAGGGGGGGGGGGUGUGUUAAAUCCCCUUCAGUAUAUUCAUAUGAAGGUGAAACAGUCAGUGCCAGAGUAAGUCGAUUGAUUGCACAAAACAACAUCCCUUUUUUGUUAUUAACACGUAGGUUCGAUUCCUACCAGAGGCCAAACUCUGAAUUAUUUCAUUAAGUGCUGUUGACAUGAUGAGGAGCUAAACUAUGUUCACGACAUUCCAUAUGCAAAAUUCUUGCCCAUACAUUCUUAAGCGCUAAAUAUUGUAAGAUCCUUAGUAUUGACAAAGAGUAGCCAGAUUCCAACAAAACACUUCAAAAAAGCACAAAACAUUAUCUUUGUGGCGAUUGUCUAAUAAAAGAUGGUCUUCUGUAUGAUUCACAAUUUAACCUUCACAUGUGUAAUACUAUUCCGUCUCAUUUAAUUUAGAGUAGCUUUCUUAUCUAAUACUUAAAGCUGGCUGUAUUUUGCACAAUGAUAAGUUUUAAUCAACCAUUUCGCACACAUAUUUAAUACUGCAUGUAGAAGUUUAUUGUCUUGGUUUAUAUUUAAUUUUACAGGGUUGGAUAUUUAAAAGCUAUGACUGCGAUAUUGGCUUAGGAACAACAGCAUUCCGACUAUCUAAAAAUACUUUCAUUAAUCUCAACGUUGGAUAUUCAAACAUCAAUGCAAACACAAAAGCUACUGCAAAUAUUAUUCCAAAAUCACCAAAAAAUUUGUGCACACCUCGGACGUCAGUAAAGUGCUGUGGUUGACGUAAGGAACUGAGUAGAACAAGUUGAAUUGGAAGAUGAAGUAAAUAAAUGCAAUAAGACAGUUUGCUGAUUGGAAGCCAAAUUGAUAAUGAUAAGAACUUCUUUACAAAUCCAGCACAGUUCUGAUGACAAGCUAUGACAAUCCAUGAGAUUGAUAAGCACCAACAGACUCUACGGAAUGCAUUGUAAGUGGCAUCAGCAUGAAUAGAAUUUUCCAUAUAAUUUUCCUGCU